AUGGGUGACAAUGUUACCAAGAGACUAGUAAUUAAAGCGUCGAAUUCCUAUGAAGAGAAUUUUAGAGUUGUACCCGUCAACACUAACUAUCCUCUCGAGAUCGAGUCGGAUAUUGGUGUAUUUAGUCUCGUUGUCGGUAUAAAGAACUUCGACGGAUCCAAACCUCACUUGAACAACAGUUUGAAAAACGUGGGGGAUAAGACUUACUUGAAUGGUGACUCAUAUGACCCUGGAAAUGUGUAUCCUGAAGAAGAACAACCAAACUUGAGACUAAAGGUACAUUUUAGACCUAAGUAUCCUAUAAAAGGUUCGGAGUUGAUAUUUGGAAAUGAUUUUACGGUUCCUAUUCGCGACUACGUACCAACGUCUUUACUAGCUACUGGAUUGAAGUUUUUCAAUUGGUUCAUUAACAAUACCGUGAAAGGUGAUGUUUACAAUGAUAAGCCUUACCUUUACGGCUUAGCGUUAAAUAGCUUCUCCUACGUGUCAAUUGACAAUGUUUUCCUGGAGUCGGAUAGUGAUGAACCCAAAACGGUCGAAAAGCGGGAUAAAGGAGCCAAAAUCACCGACACUACUAACUUUGCUGAGAACUUGAAUAGAAAUAUCGAUAACAUACUCAAAAUUCCGGAAACAUCCAUCGCCCGAAAGAGGUUCUUCACGUCGCUUUCAAAUUGUGAAAAUUUUGUUUUUAAUGAAAACUCUAAUUAUGUGUUCCAAUUUGACACAAAUUUUUUGAAGUUGGCUAAUUCUGAUUAUUGUGUGAGUAUUCCGACUUUUGGAAACAGAACUUUUGAUAUUAAUGUCCUAAGUUAUGCUAAUGAAAAACUAAACAAUUUCAAUUGGAUCAUUAAGCAGGGUGGAUAUGAAGGUGUAGGACAUGGUAAGCUAGGUUUAACUGUAAAUUUCGCGUUAUUAGAUGAAGAUUAUAGUAAUUUAGAUUAG